AUGAAGGGCGUUAUCUCCCUUAUCACUGCCUUUCUGGGUAGUUUGCCUGCAGCUGCUCUGGUGACGGCGUCAAGCCUACACGAAAAAGCAUUCGAAUACAAAGCUGGUUAUUUGGCAGUGUAUUGGACAACCGAGGAUAACAGCGUCUACUUCGCUCUUAGCAACAACGAUGAUGCCCUAGGGUUCCAGGCUAUCAAUGGAGGCAACCCGAUCGUGUCGCCUACGCUUGGGACCAAAGCUGUUCGUGAUACAUCCAUCAUUGCUGGACAGGGUAAAGAUAGCGGGAAAUACUUCAUUCUCGGCACGGAUUUGAAUAUUGCAGAGACAACUUGGGCCGCCAGCCUUCGCAACGGAUCUCGGGCUCUCCAUGUCUGGGAGAGCACUGAUCUGGUCACUUGGGGGAACGAGCGACUAGUGACGGUGGAGGAUGAUACUGCUGGGAUGGCCUGGGCUCCUGAUGCUGUUUGGGAUGAAGAAAAAGGACAAUACUUUGUUCACUGGGCGGCACGGCUGUAUUCUGCAGAUGACCCCGGCCACACGGGCGCCCCGACUCUAAACACGAGCCUACGGUAUGCCUAUACCAGCGAUUUCCAGACAUUUAGCGCACCACAGACAUACCUGACACUCGGUGCUGCUGAUGCGCUUGAUAUGAGCCUCCUCAAAGCUAGCGACAACAAGAUUCUCCGAUUCUAUGUUGAUGGAAACGUCGGAGGCCCAGUCGUACAAGUCAGCGCCAACGGUCUUUUUGGCGAGUGGGAUACACCUGCGGGGACUAUUGAGCAGAGUUAUCACUUUGAAGGUCCGUAUCCAUUCUGGGACAAUCAAGAAGCUGGCCUGGCAUAUCUCCUAUGUGACAGGGUGGGAACUGUAGGGAACUACGCGUGGCAGUCGCAACAUGUGACUUUGGGUUCGUUUAUCCAGAACAACACGCAUGACUUGACGUUCAUGCGGCAUUUGUCAGUCCUGUCUGUGACCCAGGACCAGUAUCAGCGAUUGUCGGCCUUGUAA